AAACCACCGCCUCCAUUUCCGGUUGCCCCAGACGGGUCCUCUUUCGAACUCCAUAAUGGGCUAUGUGAACGCUGGGAUCCUUUUGAUUUCAUGCCAACAUCGUUUAUUUCAAAAGCGGUGAUAGGAUUUGCGCCUGGGUUACAGUAAUUAGUUUAGUUUCACGGAAUCAUUGUGCUUAUAGAUCAUAUACGUAAACUAAUUAUAGAGCGAGCGUGGUGGCUUUAGACUUCGACGACGACGACGACGGCCGUAUAUGACGAGUCAAUGAGGGCGCGCACAGCCUCGGGAAGCACCAGCCGCUCAAGUGACUUUCUCUGGCCCGAAAAUGUGAGCAGUGAUUCAACCAACUGUGAACUAAAAGCUGACCCCCUAGAAGCAACUUUACCCCUACCAAUAGCAGCAUCCUUACCCUCUAUGCCGACUACGGUUACCACUACUAUGGCGCCUACGGCGUCACAAGUUGUUCCGGUUAGCACUACAACCGUUCGCGCUUCAUACGCGCGAGCAUCUGCUUCCACGCUGUCCACAGAGAAUCCGCCACAACCACCGAUACGUGCCAUUGAAGUGUCUCCGGAGAUAACUGUGCGUACAGCACAAGAUGUUGAAAGCUUAACUUACGUCGCGCCGGACUUGCCCACUCGAUCUUUUAAAACCCUCCAAAGAUUUUACAAACAGGGGGUGCUGUGUGACGUUAUACUUCGAACCGACUCACGGGACAUUUCGUGUCACCGUCUCGUUCUCGCCUGCAUCUCACCGUAUUUCCACGCUAUGUUUACAUCAAAUCUUCGAGAGUCCGUUGAGACGGUUGUGGAGAUUCAAGAACUAAAUCCAAACGCAGUGGCAGCUAUCAUCGAGUAUGCCUAUUCAUCACAGAUUCGUCUCAGUCCCUUGACGAUUCAACCACUGUUACACGCCGCCUCAGUACUUCAAAUUGACAAUCUCGAGUUUGCAUGCUGCCAGUAUAUCAAGGACAAAAUCCUCGCACAUAAUAAUUGUCUAGGCAUAUGGCACUUCGCUGCAGCUCACGGUCUACACGGUUUAUCUGAAGCUGUCCAACGAUUUAUAUUACGCAAUUGGCCAGCAAUUGUUACUUGCGGAGGGGAGGAGUUUUUUAACCUUGACGCACUGGUCCUGGAACAAUUGCUCGAAUCUUCAAAGCUGUGUGUCGAGAGUGAGAUUCAGGUGUAUGAAUGUGUUUUGAAAUGGCUAUCAGUUGGUGGCCGUAGCUCUGAUCAACGACUCGUCGCUCGGCUCCUAUCGAAAAUCCGAUUACCACUGCUUCCGCCGUGCUACCUACGUAACACGGUCCUCUACGACUUCUAUGAUAACAUCGAUUGCAGAAAUCUUAUUGAUCAAGCAAAGGACUAUCAACUCUGGCGUGCAUCACUUCUAUCUGGUGAAGCUCCAAUCAGUUCGGAUCGCUUUGAGCCGCGCAAGAGUUACGCAGGAAUUCUGUUUUGUAUAGGUGGUAGGGAUACGACAGGCGGACCAUGCGCAUCCAUAGAAUUUUAUUCCGUUCUCGAUGAUCGUUGGUUCCGCGGGGUGGACAUGACAACUCGUCGGAGACACGUUGCCGCUUGCAGCGUGGCCGGGAAGGUAUACGCAGUGGGUGGUUGUGAACAAGACAACCGUCACCUCUGUUCGUGUGAGAUGUUUGCGCCCAACCUGAAUGAGUGGCGUCCUCUUGCGCCCAUGAGGACGCCUCGUAGAGGGCUCGGUGUGUGCGCUCUGAAUGCUGACCACGGCCCAAUCUAUGCUGUCGGUGGUCUAGACGAUAUCAAUUUUUUUAACAAAGUGGAACGCUACGACAUCAUGAAUGAUUCGUGGACCUCCGUCGCUCCGAUGCUCACGCCUCGAGGAGGUGUCGCUGUUGUGGCUGUACAGGGCACGAUGUAUGCGUUUGGAGGAAACGUAGGACAGACCUCACUGUCUACAUGCGAGAAAUAUGAUCCACAUCUUGAUCGAUGGACCUAUAUUGCCUCAAUGAAGCAUCGACGCGCCGGAGCUGCUGCCGUCGUUGGCCUCGUCGACAAAUAUAUCUACGUGUUUGGGGGAUUUGACAACAACGUACCUUUAAGAUCUGCCGAAUUAUAUGAUUUGGAACGCGACGAAUGGACACAGGUAUCGCCAAUGUGCGUCGCGAGAGGAGGAGUUGGCGGGGCUUCCCUAGCCAAUCGUGUUUACGCUGUCGGCGGUCAUGAUGGAACGAAGUACCUCGAUUCUGUCGAAAUCUACGAUCCUAUUCAAAAUAAGUGGUCAUUUGCUCAUCAGAUUUGUAAAAAACGGGCUGGCGCCGGAGUGACCCAUUGCGCCGGAUCGCUGCUUCAGCUGAUCUACAAGAACAGACACUUAAACGCGGAACUGACUGCCGAACUCGAAAACUCUUGCUGACCGAAAAAUAACCGAAAUUCGUGGCACUGAUCUUUUUCUUUCUUUGCCCAAUAGCGGGGAAACGUUUGAUGAAUGUACGGGGUGUGGCUUUGCAGAACUGAAAACAUCAAAGCAGUGAUCACUUGUGAUGACUGUAAACGUUCCGAGGGCACUUGAAUCCCUAUAGCAAUGCCGCACGGCAUCGUUACCGCUUGUUUAGCUGAUUGUUGCACUGUUAAAUUAUUGUAUUGCCAUUAUGAAAAUGUGUAGGCUAACAGGUUAAUGCGUUUUUCCUAGCUGAAGAACUACUUCGCAACCGAAUAUAAUUAUUAUGCAGUGCAAUACAAUUUCAAACAAGAACAUAUAUAAUACGUCCGUCACGCAUCAAAAAUGCGGAUGCAUUGUUCUUGCUAGCAUCGUAAAUUUGUCGACGAGGAGAAAUUGUUUAAACGUGACGUUUGAACGAUCGCCCACUUUCAUUUAUGUCCUUACAACAAUAGGACAGAAAAAAAACUCAUAUCCUAUAUAUUUCAGGGGAGUAGAAAUGGCCAAAUUUCUAAUUCGAUCUUCGCUGAAACUCUGAAGCGUUUCUAUUUUCUCCAGUCCAAUGCAAAGGCUCGUUUAUGUCAGUCGUCAAAAUGGCGCAUGACUGCGACGAUGACUAUGGUCAAUGGCCUCAAAUCAGUGAAUAUAUAACCUUGGUUUGCCGACUGUUUUCAAAGCUAAAUUAUUUAGAAGUCACAUAUCUCAGACAAUAUAAACCACGUCAGCGUUGGUGUUAUUCAAAAGCUGAGAUUUAAUACUAGCAGCAUGUGUGUUGAGACGCCUUUAUUCAGACUAGAUUUCCCUGACGAUUCGUGAAAUUUCUAUAAAAAUAUUUGACUAUUCUUUGUCACGAUGAAAACACAAAUGCUGCCCAGGCCCAUAAUGUGGGUUGUUUAUAAUCAAGACGCGUUACCGGAAAAAAUGGCCCAACCACAGCUCUGUCGUUUUUGUUCUAGAAAUUUCAAUGUGAAAGAUGCUCUUCACAUUGAUCCACUAAUUACGGAGAAAAGUUAUGAAAUUUCAGCAGUAUUAACAUAUGGGUAGCCAUAAUAUCGCCAACGGACUAUCCUCUAUCAACAUUAACCAAACAGUGUUUAACCAUCUGGGGAAAACUGGCUAAGAAAAAGAAAGCCUGAUGCCUAAAUACCACACGAAAACAAUUCACUCGGCCGUACUUCUAUAAACUUUAUAAGAACGCUACGAAAUCAGGCCGUUUCUAAAGUGACCGAUCACGGUUGAUGACAGUGGAGUACACUGAUGCGCAAAAAAAAGUUUUCUGCAAUUUGUGACGAAGCCCACAUCGAGGCGACGUUAUGCGUUUAAUAAUUUUGUGAGGACAUGUGCGUUGUAAGUUUCCGUCGCCUGAAAGAACGAUAUUUGGAUUUCUGUCCUAGCAAGAUUACAACAAGCCAUAAAAAAGCUCGACCCGAACUAGUGAACGCAAGAGGCGUCGGUUCCCAUUGUCCAAAUCUGCCUAAACAUAUGCCUUCAGCUCUUUGGGAGAAAUUAAGGAAACUUGUAUGGGGAAUUUUAAUGUAUCCACUGUAUAGCCCAGAUCUCGCACCAUUCAGGUAUGACCUGUUUCGGUAUCUGCGGAACUCCCUUAAUGAUGUCGAUUUAACUUUAAUGGAGGAGGUGCGAAAACUACUUCUUGACGUUUUUCAUCGAUAAACCGCAGAAUGUUAUCAAUCAAAACGACGAGUAUUUGCUGUAAUACGAUUAGAGAUUUAUUGUGUCUGGUACCGAGUGAAUGCGGCAUUUUUUUUACCCAAUAUUUAAAAGCCUAUUGUUUUUUUUAAACUAGGAUGGCCCGUUUCGAUGCCGCAACCGAAAACAGUCGUGAAUCACUCAACUAAUCAAAAUAGUGAAGAUCGCAAGUCGCAAGUCUUUGCUAGUCGGACGCCCUGAGAUACUCGUGUUUUCCUCUGUGAUUCUAACACUAACUUGAGAUGGACGAAAGUAGACGUUUGGUGGCCGACAAGAACGCAAUGUAAAACUCGAAGGGUAUCCCCGACUGCGUUAGUGGUGAUAGCUCAAGUGGGAAAAGUGCCGCUUGUUCAAUUCAAGUUGAAAACUGAAUAUUCUUUAAAUACGAAGGUUAUGAGUCCUGCUCAUCCGUUACGCAUCUAGAAUUAAUUCGAUAGACAAAAAUCAUAAUGACUGUGAAUGGAGCACCGUAACAUCCCCUUGCAUAGAGCUUAUAGCAACAAAGGUGAGAAAAAAUGACCGAGUCUUCAAGUGAAUCUACUAAAUAAAUUGAUACGUAAUCUAAAAUAUGUAAGAUAGUAUUAUGAACUACAGUAUAAUUGAUAUCCGCUGCGAAGGGGUUCGAUCGUUGCUUUGUCAAUUAACAUGAAAAAGUGUAGGCUAUGUUAUUAAGUGACUAUUACGCUGUAAGUGUUAUUUUUUUUGCAAAUAAUUUUAUUUGCACUACUUUGUGUAUACGGUCUGUUACAAGCGUGGAAAACACUAUCAAAGAGUACUUGCUUCAAGCUGAGCCAUAAGUAGCUCUUCACGUUUUAUACAAGUAUUUCUGUACAUAUUUGCCAGAGAACAUAUUAGAUCAAUUUGCAAAAUACAUUUUUGUCAUCAGACGCACCGAAUGGAACGACCCAAAGGAGAGUCCAAUGAUGUUUCGUAUUAUUUAAUAUCGAUGUUUACUUGCAUGUGAGCCAACGGGAUAUUCACAGCUAUACGAGAAAAAACCAUCCCGUCGCAUAAACAAAGACUGCAGAGUCUUACGUUUAAAAUGAUAAUUGUGAAGCUCAGUUUCUUGAUCUUUUCCGUCUGAAACAGUAAUAAAUGAUGAUAUGUAAGGUCAAUACGUAAACAUAUGCUUGUAUUUGUUCGACAAAUCGUGUCGCAGGAGCCAAAGUCAAUUGAAAUAGCAUUGGGCAGAAAGAUGUGUUGACGAACAAGCCGAGCAAGUCUGUCAAUAUCUCUGCGGUUCUUAUUCGACGGACCAAUUUAAGGUCUUCAUUAGUUGCACGAAACUACUACGGCAAAUGAAUAUAGCUCCUACUUUCGAUAUGCUUCCUUUCGCCGCUGCAGACGUCUAAGAUGCGAGAGCCUAUAAAGGGCUGAAGGGCAAUAUCGAAGCUAUGUUGAUAUCGGUAAAGAAAAAGGUCGAGAUUUAAAAAGGAAUUAUCAGAGUUAUGUCUGCCGGUUAUGAUAGAUGACAGGGAGUUCGUGCAUUUUUGUUACAGCCAUUCCCUCUCUGGCGGUGUAAGACUGAGCGCUGCCGUUAAACGGGACUAGUCUAGCUGAGUUCUCAAUCAUUUGGCCUGUUUAAUGCGUAGCUUGUUUAUCGCCACCUCCCGUUGUAUUAAGUACACUUCAGCCGUAAUUGACCGACUGGAACUCAUGAAGCCGGAAUGAAUAACAUCCGCUAAUGUCAUUGUACGUUUAAUUUCGAAUCAUGUCCACUGAUGCGGUUACGUUCAGCCCAUCCAUUUGCAAUUAUCAUACGAAAGUACGCAGAGCUUCAAAUAGGCCAACACUUAUAUUGCGUAUUACUUAAGAACGGAUUCUUAGUACGGCAUCGAAUGUACAAAGUAAGAUUAACACAAUGUUCGGAAAAAGUGACAAUUUUCCCCAUUUAAUACAACAUUGCACAUUCUCCAAACUGCGCGGCUAAAGAACAAAUAUUCUCAUUUUAAAUACUAUUAACUGUAAACAGAUAACUUAGGUCUGCUUUCUUAAUUAACGGAAACACGUACCUCUGAUGUAUUUAGAAUAGGAACACUCAUACAACACUCAUUCGCCCAGUUUCCAUAGCUUAUUCAUUUGGUUGAAGUUCGCUGUACCAAACUAAGAUUCACAUUGGUAAACAUCAGGAUAGAUCGGUUGGCUUCCGCCAUACUCCUGGAAAUUUCUUGAUUGACGUUAAUAUCACAAAUCCAUUUCGAAGUUAAACAUCUCUGGCCUGGUGCAGGUUUUAAGCUAACGGCUCACGGUGGUCCUAACACUAUCUCGUUUACGGAAUUUCAAUCUUAUGUAGUAAACUGUUUCUGCCGCUGUAGUUCCGAGAUGAUUUGUAAAUCAUUCAGAUUUCCGGACUUUUCCAUAGGUUACCGUCAUUCCUCUAGAAUAUGUAUUUCGAAAAUAUUGCAUCUUUAUAAAACAGCGCCAUUUUGAUAUAGAAAACGUGUCUAUUGUGAUUUUUUCACGCAUUUUAUAUUGACUGACCGAAUAGUUAUUGUUUAUAUAGCAGAUUGUAAAUAUAGAUCGUUGACACCCUGUGAGAAUCGUCAGUGCGGGAACCUUAAGAUACCAUUUUCGACAGGCUAACUGGGACUCUUGUCCCUUUGCCUAGCUUAACGUGAACGCGCCCUCCCAUAGCUGGUAUCGCCCUGUCUAACCUGGACGUAUCACCCGACGAAGCAAGCCAGAUCAAUUAACUCAGUUUGUUUAAAUGAUCGAUCUACUCCUGCUUCUAAAGACUAAUUUGGCUUGAAAUUUAUUUUAUAUAUGCAAAUGGAAAUAAAGU